AUGGCUCUAAGUGGACAUAAAGCCUGGCAGUGCCCUACCUGGCAGUGCCCAGAUGAAGGCAGCAUCGCCGAGGGAGCUGCUGCGAAAGAUUAUUGUCGCCAAAGGACGGCCUCCUUGCGCUACACGGCUUCCAGGGCGGUGCGGGCCACCCCCAAACUACCGGUGGAGGAAAUCUUGGAGGACUUGAAGAGUGCCUUAAAUCGACCUCCACAUGCAGCCGUUUUGGUUGCACCGCCGGGUGCAGGAAAAACCACGGCUGUGCCAUUGGCUUUGCUUGACGAUAUACCAGGAGGCAUCGUGGUGACAGAGCCGCGCCGGAUGGCUGCAAGGGCCGCCGCUCGACGCAUGGCGUCCAUGUUGGGUGAAGCAGUUGGGUGUCCCAAAGGAAGCCUGGUGCCUCAGGAGUUCGUCGGCAGCUGUUGGCUCAACCCGUGGAGUCGUCUUCGACACGUGCGUCAAAGAAACGCCAUGGGCGUGUCCGGUGCUCCGCUGACGGCCAUCUUGGGCGCCACGCUAUUUCAGCUGGUCCCCUGGGUGUUGCCCCAUCUUAGGGUGCGCGCAGCGUGGUGCUGGCCCAAUGAUCCUCCCAAGUGCGUCAUUCCAACCGUGACGGGUGGAUCUUGCAUCAAUGCGACGGGUGUUGCAGUGACAGAGCUUCAACCAGGGGAGAACUGCACACCCACGUGUGAUGCUGGCCUGAAUGUGACGGGUUCAUGCAGCACGCUCCUGUGCCCACCAUCAGUUCCAGGCACCAACAACUUGUGUACAGCAGAUCAGGGAGGGCUUUGGUGGCCCUAUUGUGGUUAUGGCCCUGCUUGCGUUCGAGGUGUCUUUACCUUGGAUGCAACAGGCUAUUCAACCAGUACUCAGACCUAUACCUUUGGUCACUAUUCCUGUGCAGAUCCGAACGGCCCAGACGCCGCCAGCAUCUGUGGGGGCCUGGUCGAUUUGGUGAUUCCAACCACGGAUGGUCCCACAGAUGCUGAAAUUUUGGACAGUGGCACAAUUGGCCUCGUUGCUGCCCUCUUCUUCGUAGCGCUGAUGGGUAUGCUCUUCUCCCUUUGCUGUACUGGCAGCUGUGCAAGGCUUUGGUUCAAACCAGGUCCAAAGCAAUGGACUCCAGCCAAUGUGAUGGGCAUCCUUGCCGUAAUCAUCGCAGUGGUGGCGGCGUGCUGCCUUCCGAAUAGCUACAAGUCCACUGGCAUAGCCGCUGGACUCGGCACUGCCCUCACGCUGGUGUGGUCCUUCUUCAAGUUGGGCGCGCACGACGUUUUGCAGAUGACCAGAGAGGCAGCGUGGCGAAUCCAUGCAGUGAUCGGCAUGCUGACCCUGGUGGUGGGUAUUGUCCAUGGCGUGUUCGCCUUCAUCCAGGUGGAGAGGCAAGUUUUCACCGAGUGGCACUUCCUACUGGGUUUCAUCGGGCUUAUCUUGAUGAUUUUUGGCGUGUUGCCUGCCCAUCUGGUGCACUAUGACAAGUUCAAGUUGAUACACUUCAUGAGUUUUUGGGGCUACCUGCUUUGCUUCAUUCACAUGAUUGGCCAUGCAGUGUACCUGCAGUCCGUGGCAGCUAUCGCAGUCGCAGGAGCAAAUGGACUUGCGUUGCUCCUCUUCUUCGUUCAAAAGAUUUGGGUGAAGGCGACCGCGGGAAAGGUUGAAACCAAGUCCUUGGAAUUGGUGGAUGAGACUGGUGGGCAGCAUUUGUUCCUCAACAUGCAUGUGCCGAACUUCAGCUUCAAAGCCGGGCAGUGGGGCCAUUUGACGGUGCCCAGCCUGGGCUCCGUACCCCAUCCCUUCACCCUGGUUCCGGGCGAUGGAGACUCCAACGUCAGGAUCUUCAUGAAGAUUAAUCGUAGCGGCUUUACCGCCAAGCUGGCCAAAGCUUGUGCAGGUGGCACCGCGCCUCCGAUGAAGUUGGAGGGUCCGCACGGUCUUCCUUGUGUACCAGCGAAAGGUAUGCAGCGAACUGUCUUUGUCUUUGGAGGUGUCGGCAUCACCCCUGGCCUGUCCUUGGCCAAAGCUGCCAGUGACAUCUCCGGGCGAAAGGUCGCAUUGUAUUGGUCUUUGCGCAGCUUGGAGCUCUUAAAGCGCGCGGCUCCAUUGCUGGAGCCUCACCUGGAGCUGAGUCAGAGUUGCGUACAGCUCAACGGUUCCGGGACGCAAGAGGGCGGCACAGAUCUGCCUCUGCAGGCCAAGUAUGACCUCAAGGAUCUGUAUCAGUGGUUGGAUAAUGUCGGGCAGGUUUACGUUAAGGAGGGUGUCAGCAACGCCAUGGUCUUCGUCUGCGGCCCACCUGGCUUGGCGGACGCCGCCAAGGCGGCCGCGAAGAAGUCUGCUGGUGGCAUCCACUGGCACGUCCACGUGGAGGAAUUUUUGUUCCUUCCCUCCUUGAGUUUGGGUUCGAAGCGGCCCCCAACUGCACCAACCCCAGCAAAAUACACACAAUGA